AUGCCUUCACUUCACGGUCUUUGGUCGCAUAUUAAUGUUACUUUGGCUAAUUUGACAAACAACAGAGAUGAUGAUGGUGACCAUAUCGAUUCCGAUACACCCCGCUCUGGUGUCGCGACCCCACAACCAGAUCCUUCAGACAAGCGAACUCCUGGUAUAUUGCAUAGCUUUUAUGGACAGGUUGGUUUAGGCUCUUCCUCACGUCAAAAUCCUACGAAACAUAUAUCACACAUAGCACAAGAUCCUAACACAAGUGACCUUGAGAGUUACUAUACUUCCCCACGACAGAGAUUUGAAGCAGGGGAUACAUUGUUGAAAGUCACUCCAAGUUCACUCAAUGAAUUUAGGAUUGAUUAUGGUGUAGAGAAAGAAAACUCACUACUUCCACCGCAUGAACUUUUGGGUAGUUCUCAAAUAUCUAAGCAACAAUAUCCUUACCCGACACCACCUGUUUCACAUCCGUCCUCACUACAUAAAGUGAAAUUGAGUGAUGCGAGUUUUGAAGAUAUUGGCAAUAAUGUACAGAAAACGGCAGCUCCUACAGAUCGAGAUUGUAUUUCGGAAUCAAUUCCGUCACAUGCAAGAAGAGCUUCGUCUAUGACACCAUUGUCAAACAUUGUCACUCCAUCAAAUGUUCAUGCUGCACAUUUUUCAAACCCAAGCGAUACCCCUUCCGAGCACAAACUUAGCACUCCUCCAUUAUCCCGAUUGAAUUCUGAAUUCCACAAGUCACCAUCCUAUGAUCGACUCAAGAAGCUAACGUGUGAUGGAUUAAAGAGCAUACCAUCAACUCCCACUCGAGCUUUAUCGAAUCAAACCUCGAAGUCAGAUCACAGUGUUAUGAGCACAAAUUCUGAACAUGUCCCGCAAAAUGGCAGAUCAGGCACGAGUGAGCGACCGGCUACUACUUCUCGUACUGAUAGUAGUUUGGGAGGAGCAGUGGUACCACCAAAGGGUAAACUUACUGUGAAGAUUAAUGAAGCCAGAGGACUGAGAAAGAGCGUGGAUCCUUACGUUGUAGCCGUUUUCCAACGAAACGAGCUGGUAUCAAAGGGGCCACAAUCAGAAGAGGACGAUGAGGAUGAUGGCAACUCACAUAGCCCUGGCGGUAUUCCAAUUGGUGGCAUUCCGAUUACGCGAACUGGAAGUGACUCUGGUCGUUCCAUGGCAAUUCCGAUGAAAAGUAGGCAAAGCAGCAACACUAGUUUGUCGGAAUACAGAGACUUUAAGAACAAGGGCCGAAAAAUGUUUACCCAUCCAAAAUGGGAUGCCGAAGCUGUCUUUGAUGUUGUUGGCUCAGAUACAAGAGUCAAUAUAACCAUUUACGACCGAGCUCAACAAGCAGAAGAAUUUUUGGGUCAUGUUGACCUUCAAGCCAAUCUUGUUGAAAAUGUCGAUGCUCCAGUUUCCGGCUGGUUCCAACUUCGUGGCAAAGAUAUAACAUCGAAUGCAGGGAAUGUCGGCGAGGUUCACGUCGAAAUUUCCUUCCAGCGAACAGAGAAGAGACAUUAUGGACCAGAUGAUUUCCAGAUUUUGAAGCUUAUCGGAAAGGGUACAUUUGGUCAAGUCUACCAAGUAAGGAAGAAGGAUACAAAGCGAAUCUACGCUAUGAAAGUUCUUCAAAAGAAGGUCAUUGUUCAAAAGAAAGAGGUCGCUCACACUGUUGGUGAGAGAAACAUUCUAGUUCGAACAGCUACAGCCGAUUCUCCAUUUAUUGUUGGUCUCAAGUUCUCCUUUCAGACACCAACAGAUCUAUAUCUUGUCACAGAUUAUAUGUCUGGAGGCGAGUUGUUCUGGCAUUUACAAAAGGAGGGAAGAUUCGAUGAGCAACGUGCCAAAUUCUACAUUGCGGAACUGAUCUUGGCACUUGAGCACCUUCACAAACAUGACAUCGUCUAUCGGGAUCUGAAACCAGAGAACAUUUUGUUGGACGCAAAUGGACACAUUGCUUUGUGUGACUUUGGUCUAUCGAAAGCAAAUCUCACAAAGAAUGCCACGACUAACACGUUCUGUGGUACUACCGAGUACCUUGCACCCGAAGUUCUUUUAGAUGAAGCUGGAUACACGAAGAUGGUUGAUUUCUGGUCUCUAGGAGUCUUGGUGUUCGAGAUGUGUUGCGGAUGGAGUCCAUUCUAUGCCGAAGAUACACAACAAAUGUACAAAAAUAUCGCUUUCGGUAAAGUUCGAUUUCCAAGAGAUACUUUGACUACCGAGGGCCGAAACUUCGUCAAAGGAUUACUCAACAGAAAUCCUAAACAUCGUCUUGGAGCUACAGAUGAUGCUGAAGAAUUGAAGAGACAUCCUUUCUUCCAGGACAUUGAUUGGGAUGCUCUUACCAAGAAGCUUAUCACUCCGCCUUUUAAACCAAAGUUGAAGUCAGAGACCGAUACAUCCAAUUUCGAUCCAGAAUUCACCAAUGCCUUAAAUGGUGCAUCAUCACUCAACGCACGUGCAGCUGCCCUUGCCGCAGGCAUGGCAACAUCAACACCACUAUCCCCAGGCAUGCAAGCAAACUUUAAGGGCUUUACCUUUGUUGAUGAAAGCUCGAUUGAGGAAAACAUGAGAGACAGAGUCAAAGAUGAAUACGAGGAUCGAAUGGAUCAAGACAAUAAUGAUCCAGAACGUGAUUGGGAGGACCCAUUUGAUAUCCCUGAUAAAUCACGCAUGGAUCGGAUGAGUGGUGUAGUGAGGAAUCACAAUGAAGAUGAACGAAUGUUCAAUGGUGAUGACUUCCAUUGAUCAUUUGUUUGUUCCUCAAUAUGACCUCAUCUCAUGUAUUUAAGGAUCUGGUACAGACAAGUUUUCUUUUUGUGUCAGCAUACAUUUACAAUCUUCCUUUUUAUUUUCCAAUCCGGGUUUGAUGAAUGGAAUAGGGUUCAUGGUGUGGUGCAUGCAUGCUUUCCAUUGUAUCUUACUUUGUCUUUCAUGGUCUUCUUUACUUGUUCGCCGAUUAUUUGGUGGGUUCAUUACUGGAGAUGAUUGAUCGAUACAUAAUCUGGGGAAUCUCACCUUACAUCCGUUUACAUACUUAUGAUGAUAUAUUUUGAGUGGUAAGAGCAUGGGCUUGGCGUAAUUGAUGGAUGAUUGAUUGCGCGUGCUUGUCUCCGCGCUUGAUUUUUUGCAUUGGGAUGGAGUUGAAAUAUUUGCACUGCAUGAGGCGCAUGAUUUGUAUUAAUUUGCCUGUUUCUAUAUCUAUAGGAGUAUGGAUGAGAAGAUUAGGCGGGGGUGAACGGUGGUGGUUGGAUGAGUGUGGUGGAGAAGAAAAGAAACGCAACCCUCAAGAAGCAUUGGGUGUAGUACUAGCAUUGACGAUUGCAUUCUUAUUACAGAACAUGCUGUUCAGGAUGUGCUGUGGGGGAAUGGAAUGAGGUUUGUAGUGGAAGUGGAAUUGGGACAGGAAAGAGUAAAGGAAUAUAAUAUUGAUAGAAGCUUUUAGGCAUGAGUGAUUAUAGAAUGCGGAUUAUGAUAAUUGGGAGAAG